AUGAGUAGCACCAAGGAUGGGCCUGGUCACCCAUCCCCGGCACGCACAUCGACGCACGGAAUCGCAUCGGCAAAUCCAUUCCCGCAUAAAGAAACGCAUUUCCUCGAACUCCUUCCGGCCGACGGCGAUGAUGCGGACCCCAGCCCCCUGAUACUCGUCGAGCGCCGCCCGGACGGCGUCGCCUCCGUCACCAUCAACCGCCCCAAGUCCCUGAACUCCCUCACACGGCCGAUGAUGGUCGAACUCGCCGGGGCCUUCCGGAGCCUCGGCGCCGGGUCGGUGCGGGCCAUCGUGCUGUCCGGGUCGGGCCGCGCGUUCUGCUCCGGCGUGGACCUCACGGCGGCGGAGGACGUGUUCAAGGGCGACGUCAAGGACGCGGAGAGGGACCCGGUGGCCCAGAUGGAGCGGUGCCCCAAGCCCAUCAUCGGCGCCAUCGGCGGGUUCGCGGUGACGGCCGGGUUCGAGAUCGCGCUCGCCUGCGACAUCCUGGUGGCCGCGAAGGGUGCCAAGUUCAUCGAUACCCAUGCCAGGUUCGGAAUCUUUCCUUCGUGGGGUCUCUCUCAGAAGCUCGCGCGCAUCAUAGGACCCAAUAAAGCUCGCGAAGUUUCUCUUACGGCCACGCCUCUUACUGCUGAGCAGGCCGAGCGAUUGGGCCUCGUAAAUUAUGUGGUUGAAGAAGGUCAGUUGCUGAAGAAGGCACGAGAAAUUGCCGAGGCCAUCAUCAAGAACAACCAUGACCUGGUUUUGAGGUACAAGUCGGUCAUAAACGAUGGCUUGAAGCUGGACCUAGGCCGUGCGCUUGCAUUGGAGAAGGAAAGGGCCCAUGAAUACUACAAUGGAAUGACCAAGGAGCACUUCAAGAAGAUGCAGGAAUUCAUAGCAGGACGGGGCUCAAAGAAACCUGCUGCCAAAUUGUAGAGGAGGACAGCAGACCAUGCAUGUUUGUAACCUCUCGUUUUGGUUUGAACUUUGCAAUAAAAGUAGCCAUGAGAUCUGUUUUGAUCUCAAAGGCGGUCGGACGAUUCGAUGCUUUGUGUACUUCCAUUCCCCCGCCGGUAUGGUCGAUGCAUCGGUCCGUCCGGCGCUGUAGAGGGGAAUGGGACCUAGCGCAGGUCGCCCCUCCCCAUCCUUUAUCACUGAAUGAGCCAUCGAUUGAGGUUGCAUUUUGGUCGGACUCCAAAUGACAUUAUCAAUGUAAAGAGCCUUCCGUCGAAGGCGGGCUGGCCGGCCAGCCGGCCGAAGGAGCCGCCUCGAAUAA